GAGAUCCCACAGCAGGCUGGGUGGAUGGCAGUGGAGUGGUGGACCUGGGCCCAUCCUGUUUGGGGGGGUUUGAGUGUGAACCUCCCUAUUUUGAGUGUUGGCCCUCUUAAGGCAGCAGGAAGUUCAGCACUUGCCUAAGAAACUGAGGCAGCCUCGGAGCCAGCAGUGCCACCCCUAGCUCAGGCUGCAAGUACGCCUGAAUCUAAGCCUGGCAAGGGCUGUGUGGGUGGGAGGGGUGGGGUGUGGGGUGUACUUUGUAUCUGCAGAGUUGGGUGUCAGCUGCUCUUCUGGGGCCCAUAAGUGGGGGAUCCUUGGACCUGGGCAAAGUGGCAGGAGGGGCUUGUGGACAUGAGGACUGGGAGUAGCAGGGCCAGCUUAGCGCAGUGGUCACUGUGCACUCAGUGGGUUUCUGUCCCAGCUCACCCAUGACCAAGGCCAGCCCCCAGGUUGUGGGCCCACCACAAGGCCAGAGACAGGGUGCGUUUAGCAUCUGCUUUGGGAAACAUGUCUGAUGUGAAGGCCCCAUGGGCAGCCAUGCCCUCCAGCCUCAGUUUCCCUGGUGGAAGAAUGCCUUGCAUGGGACCAGCAAGGGGCCCUGUGUGUUUGGGACCUGCCCAGUGGCUGGGAUGCCUGGGGAGAGGCAGAGUUUCAGGCUCACUGUGGGUGCCCACACCGUUCCUGCCCAGGUCCCCUUCCAAGGCCUUCUGGUACAGUUUCUCUGAUUAACAUGCUGUCUCCAGGACAGGCUAUGCCACAAGCCUGGAAGUUCUCAUUGGCCAUGGUAGCCAUUUGAGGGGUUUAUGAUUCUUCCCUGAGGAGGACACCAUCGCCUGGGGCUGGGUGCCUUCUGCCUGGUGCCUUGCUGACCCCAGCUGCCUUUUCCCCCUGGAAGGCAGUGAACAUCUGAGCUCAGGGGCCAGUCUUGCUUGGGGUCAGACAGGCAAGCUAUCUUCAUCCGGGCUGCCCCGCGGCCGGAUAAGCUGGCAAAAAUCUCCCAACAAGACUCCUACUGUCUGCCUUCAUCCAGGAACCCACCAGGCCACUCGCAGGAGUCACCAACAGGCUCUGUCCUCCCUGCUAGGGGUUCCCCAAGGUGACCUGUGCAUGCCAAGGGGCAGGACACUGCCGUGGACACCAGGCCACAGUCCAGAGGACUGAUGGGGUGGUCCUGUUCCAUGUCCUCACCCAGCCUGCCCCAACCACCUCCUUGGGCCUACUGACAUAUGAUCCAUUUGAGAAUUGCAGGGGUCUUCGUUAGUCCCCUAACCUACAGGUUACAAAAUCCAUCAUUUGAAAAAUAAUUCAUUUCCUGUUUCUUGGAUGCAUUUCCUGUUUCCCAGGAUUCCUUGCCUUCCAGUUGCCCUCCCACAGCUCACGGAGUUCACACGUUUCAGUCUCCUGCUGCUCCUUGUGCUUUUUUCUUUUUUUUUUUUUUGAGACAGAAUCUUGUUCUGUCACCCAGGCUGGAGUGUAAUCUCGGCUCACUGCAACCUCCACCUCCUGGGUUCAAGCGAUUCUCCUGCCUCAGCCUCCUGAGUAGCUGGGAUUAUAGAUGUGCACCACCAUGCCCAAAUUUUUGUAAUUUUAGUAGGGAUGAGGUUUCACCAUGCUGGCCAGGCUGGUCUCGAACUUCUGACCUCAUUGCCCGCCCACCCGCCUCGGACUCCUAGAUGUGGUCUCACUGUGUUGCCCAGGCUGGUCCGAAACUCCUAGCCUCAAGAGAUCCUCCUGCCUCGACCUCCCAAAAUUCUGGGAUUACAGGCAAGAGCUGCCAUGCCCAGGCUUUUGUGUUCUUUGUAAAUCUCUUUAGUUCCCACUCCUUAGCUGCUGGGCCCUGCUUUUCCUGCUUUGGAUUGAGUCAUUCAGCAGGGAGCCAGUGUUAUAUGGGUUGGGGUCUCUGCCAACAGCUGGUUCCCACCCUGUCUUUCGGGUGGCCUUGGGAAGGAUGGGUUGCAGCCCAGGCCCAACCCACUCCUUACUGGAGUGUCUCACAGACUGAGGGGACACUGGUCUUCCAGGCCCUGCCUACCCCAAAGCUUCCAUUACCUCUGAUUCUUAGUAAUUGGGAGCCGAUGGAUGCAACUCAUCUUGGUUCAACUGAGUGAGACACGCUGCCAUGGGUGCAGCCAAGUCUGUUGGACUGAGUCAGGCAUGAGCCUGGAUGGCCCUGGACAAGGAAGCCAGUCCAACACUUUCGCUGGGAAAUUUCCAUUACAAUCAGGCCACCUCCCCCACUUCCUAACUGUUGAGUCUGUUGGCUCUGGGCAUUUUAAGUCCAGCGUGAUCCCUGAGGCCCUGUGGUGCAUUUAUGCCAUCUCCAUGCCCCCUGCUGAGCCCCAGCCCAGGCUUGCUGCAGGCAACGCUGCCCCCCACCCUCUUGGUGGCCUCUGGAGAACCUCCACCCGCCUCCCCAACAGGUGUGGCUGUUUCGACCCCCAGUGUCCACCCGGCCCCCUUCUCGAUCGCACCUGAGGCACCCAGCCAAACCAAAGUCCAGGGAACACUUCCAGGCAGAGCCACCACCUCUGGCCAGCUGCUCACUCCCCAGCCCAGAUCUUCUGUUGAUGACCUCAGAUCAGUGGUCACCCCAGAGUCUAGAGAACAGUCUCCUCCAAUUGGCCGAUCUAGACAGAUACAGAGCCUGCCUACCUACGAUGGGGCGGCCCAAUAAACCCACGGCCAAGCUGAAAGUCCUAAGUGUGUGUCUUGCGCCUCUGACACAGCCAGGGCAUCACUGGAUGCACUGAGGCAGAGCUAGACGCAUUCUGUUCCUUGAGGGGGUCCAGGAGCCAUGAGUUGUUUUUCCAGUGCUCCUCACCCUGGUCACCCAAGCUGGAACGGAACGUUCUUCAUCCCUGUGGCCCAGUCCUAAAGCCUUGGGGACUUAAAUUUCACUCUGCCCAGCAGGUGUACCUGGGCCAGGAACACACCAGCACCUCCUUGUUCUUUGCAGGGAAGUGGAAUCCAAGCAGGGGCCCAGCUGCAGGCCGGCAUCUCCUGGGGCCCCACUUCCUGGGUGGGUUGCCUGGCGCAUCUGGUCAGAGCCAGACCAGAGCUAAGCAGGAGCUCCCGUGCAUCUGUGUGUGGGAAGGCAGAGGCAAGUCCUUUCUAACCUCCUUUUGCCCCCAGUUUUCAUUUGGUCUGGCCCCAAGCGGGUUUUCCUUUUUUUUUUUUUCCUUUGAGCCGGAGUCUUGCCCUGUCGCCCAGGCUUGAGUGCUAUGGCGCGAUCUCAGCUCACUGCAACCUCCACCUCCUGAGUUCAAGCGAUUCUCUUGCCUCAGCCUCCGAGUAGCUGGAAUUAGAGGGGUGAGCCAACAGCGCCGGCUCCCCAAGCCGGUUUUCUUGCAGCUGGGCCGGGACUGAGGGCAGGGGUUGCAGACGCAGGGCCCACGCGGCGCAAACAUGGCCCCCGCCGGGUGACUUUGGAUCCAGCGCCUGCGCAGCGGGGUGGCCACGGGGUGCAGGUUCAGGGCCAGGGGCCGGGCCUCCUGGGGAUUGGCAGGGCGCCCGCCGCGGUCCAGUGAGCCUGGGGCCGGUCCCCGGGCGGUGGCCCUCGGCGCCGCGCUCCGGCCUGAGGAGGGAAGAACACCAGAGUCCCGGGAAAGGGGAGGCGGCCUUGGAGCACCCGCGCGUCCCCCAAGCCGGGCCCACCGCGCUCGGCGCCCCUGCGCGGCCGCUUUAAGGUCCCGGGCCCACCUCCUUCGCUGGGGGCGUGGCCUAGCGGUCCCGCCCCCGGGGCGCGCGCGCGCAUUGGCUGUGCGGGGUGCGGGCGCGCGGGCGGUGCUUUGAACCGGGCGCGGGGCGCUGCGGGCCGGUCUGCUUCGGGGUCGUGCACGGGUCGGGCUGCAGUCGGGCUGGAGUUGGGCUCGAGUUGGGCUCCUCUGGGCCAUGGCGGCCGAGGCGCGCGUGUCGCGCUGGUACUUCGGGGGACUUGCCUCCUGCGGGGCCGCCUGCUGCACGCACCCGCUGGACCUGCUCAAGGUGCAUCUGCAGACGCAGCAGGAGGUGAAGCUGCGCAUGACGGGCAUGGCACUGCGGGUGGUGCGUGGUGACGGCAUCCUGGCACUCUACAACGGCCUGAGCGCCUCGCUGUGCAGACAGAUGACCUACUCCCUGACUCGGUUUGCCAUCUACGAGACUGUGCGGGACCGGGUGGCCAAGGGCAGCCAAGGGCCCCUCCCCUUCCACCAGAAGGUGCUGCUGGGCUCCAUCAGCGGUUUGGCUGGAGGCUUCGUGGGGACUCCCGCGGACUUGGUCAACGUCAGGAUGCAAAACGACAUGAAGCUGCCCCAGGCUCAGCGGCGCAACUAUGCCCACGCACUGGAUGGCUUGUACCGCGUGGCUCGUGAAGAGGGUCUGAGGAGGCUGUUCUCAGGCGCGACCAUGGCAUCCAGCCGAGGGGCCUUAGUCACCGUGGGACAGCUGUCCUGCUAUGACCAGGCCAAGCAGCUGGUCCUUAGCACCGGGUACCUGGCUGACAACAUCUUCACUCACUUUGUCGCCAGCUUCAUUGCGGGUGGAUGUGCCACAUUCCUGUGUCAGCCUCUGGACGUGCUGAAGACCCGCCUGAUGAACGCCAAGGGGGAGUAUCAGGGCGUUUUCCACUGCGCUGUGGAGACAGCGAAGCUCGGGCCCCUGGCCUUUUACAAGGGUCUUGUCCCAGCUGGCAUCCGCCUCGUCCCCCACACUGUGCUCACCUUUGUGUUUCUGGAACAGCUUCGCAAAAACUUUGGCAUCAAAGUUCCAUCCUGACCAGCUGUGGGAAUGGCUGGGCCACCAGGCCAGCAGAGCUAGACCCUUCCAAAGAGUCCCCAAGUGUCAGCACCAAUCUCAGCGCCUGCUCCUGGGGCCACUGCCUCCCUGCAGGCCCCUGCUGUGUCCCCCCCAACCCCAAGCUUGCUGGCUCCUCCUGGCCUCGUCCCCUCCCUGCUGUAGCUGCACUCCCACCCCUGCUCUGGCUCCCACACUCCCCAGGCUUGGCGCUGGGUGGCCUUACCCCUCUCCCGCUGGCAGCCCCUCAGGUAAAUGGAGGCCACCAGAGGCUGGUUUCCUCCCCACUCCUGGCCUGGGGGAGGGGUGUUAUUCCUGCCUCCUGCCCAGAGGCCCAAAGCAGCAUCUUCCAGCACGUUCCAUCGAGGACUUGGGUGGUGAUGAUAUGGCGCCCCCUGGUGGUUGCUCACCGAAGUGCAAGCCAUGCACUGUGUAUCCGCUGAGAGGGGCCAGACCUUCCACCUCCUCCGGCAGCUGUAACUCCAAGACCCCGCUGCUGGGUCCCACCCACGAACAAACAACGCAGACCACGAGCGAGUGCCUGGAGGGAGGGGCCCAGAGUAGUUCUGGAGCCAUUGCGAGUGAGGGUCGAGGGCCACCAAGGUCCACCCCCAUCCACCCCGCAGUGGCUUUAACAGUUUUGCCAAAGCCUCUCCACUCCCCAGCAGGUGGUGUUGUAGUCAGGGAUUGUGCCUGCAUCCCUCGGCCCUACGUCCUCCCGCUUGGCUCCAUGGGGGAAUGGCCCAGCCAGGCUGCUGUCCUUCCUCAGGGCCUUCUCCCGGACGUGGAGUCCAAUGGGGUGGCUGUGGCCUCCUCUGACUUCCUGGCCGCUGGUCUCCACCCCACCUGGGAAGGGCGCCUGCUCUGUGGGGGCAGCAAUCAAUAAAUGCGGCAAGCUGC